AUGGAUAUAAGAUAUAUAAUUGCGAGCCAUUUGGAAAAUGUUAUUCAAAAUCGACAAUCAACAAUAUGUGAACUUACUUUCAACACUUCAAUUCUUGCCGUUAAACUUAAUCGUCGUAGAUUGAUUGUUGUAUUGGAACAAACGAUCUUUGUUUACGAUAUUAGUAAUAUGAAAUUAUUGCACACAAUUGAAACUAGUCCUAAUCCAAAUGCAAUUUGUGCUUUAUCAUCAUCAAGCAAUGAUAAUUGUUAUAUAGCUUAUCCAUCACCCGCUCCACCACCAUCUUCAUUAUUUUCCAGCCAUGGCUCACAACAACCAUCCCCAUCUGGUGAUGUUUUGAUUUUUGAUGCCGUACAACAACAAGUUGUCAACAUCGUCCAAGCACAUAAAAGCCCUGUUUCAUGUGUAUCUAUCAAUUCAGAAGCGACUUUGUUGGCAACUGCUAGUGACAAGGGUACUGUCAUUCGAGUAUUUUCCAUUCCAAAUGCACAAAAACUUCAUCAAUUUAGGCGUGGCUCAUACCCAGCCCGCAUACACUCCAUUUCGUUUAACAUUGUAAGCACAUUAUUGUGUGUGUCAAGUGAUACCGACACUGUACAUAUUUUCAAAUUAACUGGGAAUAAUGGAAACCCUGUUGCUAAUGCAAAUUCAAGCAAUGGUGUUGCUAACGGAGCAGCUGUUACAACCGGUGCACGUCAUUCCGUUGGUAAUACUACAAUAGGAGGUUAUGAAGCUUUUAUUGAUGGAAAGAAAAAGACUACUACAGUCGGUGGUACUAUAAGACGUUCUUCGCUUCAUCUUGGACGUACUGUUGCUGGUAGUGUUGGUAAUUACCUUCCUGAUGCUCUUACUGAAAUGUGGGAACCUGCCAGAGAUUUUGCUUAUUUAAAAUUACCAAGUUCCGGUGUUCAAAGUGUAGUUGCAUUAAGCACUAAUGCACCACAGGUCAUGGUAGUCACUUCAGAUGGGUUUUUCUAUCAAUAUAAUAUAGAUCUUGAAAAUGGAGGUGAAUGCACGUUACUUAAACAAUACAGGUAA